AACACCUUCCUUUAUCUCGUUGUGGCUUGAGUUCGAAUCCACGCAAGGAACCAAAUCAUCUCCAGCAAAGAUAUCUCUUUCUUUCUUUUUCUGAUCCUUAAUCGUCGCUUGAGGUUUUGGUUUUCUCUUUAUGGGAAUUUCUAGGGGUUUCUAAAUUUUCCCUGUUUCUUUGGAAUCUACAAGUUGUUUCGUUCCCAAUAUAAUGUCAGAUUGAGAAAUUCGAAUCAAACCCAUUUCCCAAUUUGUUGUUUUUCAUUCAAAGAUCGAAACUUUGUGUUUAUUGACUGCAUUUUCAAAGAUGUGUAUUUCAAAAGAAGACGAAGAAGAUCCAUCAAGAAAUCGAAGGAAUCAAUCACCAUUAUCGCUUCCUCAAACUCUGAAACAUUUCCAAAAAGAUUUGCUUGCUGGUGCUGUAAUGGGAGGUGUUGUUCACACGAUCGUGGCACCAAUCGAAAGAGCCAAGCUUUUAUUGCAGACACAAGAGAGCAAUAUCGCAAUCGUUGGAGACGAAGGUCACGCAGGGAAGAGAAGGUUUAAAGGAAUGUUUGAUUUUAUCUUCCGUACUGUUAGAGAAGAAGGUGUUUUAUCUUUAUGGAGAGGCAAUGGAAGCAGUGUGCUCCGUUAUUAUCCUUCUGUUGCUCUUAAUUUCUCUCUUAAGGAUCUAUAUAGAAGCAUUCUUAGAAACAGUAGCUCUCAAGAGAAUCAUAUCUUCUCUGGUGCAUUAGCUAAUUUCAUGGCUGGUUCUGCUGCUGGUUGUACUGCUUUGAUUGUUGUUUAUCCGCUUGAUAUCGCGCAUACUCGUUUAGCUGCUGACAUUGGGAAGCCUGAAGCUCGUCAGUUCAGAGGAAUCCAUCAUUUCUUGUCAACGAUUCAUAAGAAAGAUGGGGUUAGAGGAAUCUAUAGAGGCUUACCUGCGUCUCUACAUGGUGUGAUUAUUCACCGUGGCUUAUACUUUGGAGGGUUUGAUACAGUUAAGGAGAUUUUCUCAGAGGAUACUAAACCUGAGUUGGCAUUGUGGAAGAGAUGGGGUUUGGCUCAAGCUGUGACUACAUCUGCUGGUUUGGCUUCUUACCCGUUGGAUACAGUUCGUAGACGGAUAAUGAUGCAAUCCGGGAUGGAGCAUCCGAUGUACCGUAGCACAUUGGAUUGUUGGAAGAAGAUAUAUAGGAGUGAAGGGUUGGCUUCGUUUUACCGUGGAGCACUCUCUAAUAUGUUUAGGAGCACCGGUUCGGCUGCUAUCUUGGUUUUUUAUGAUGAAGUGAAGAGGUUCUUGAAUUGGGGAGGGAUCUAAGAUUAACAAGCUGAGAGGUAAGCCUUGUCUAUCCAAAUUAGAGACAGAAGAAGAAUGAUUUUUCAUUUUGUUACUACACCUUAACAUGGACAUAUGUAGAGAGAAAGCUUUAGGUGAUAAUAUUCGUUUUACCGUAUUCAGUUUUGAGGAUUUGGCUGAAACACUAUGCAUCUUGAUUCUUUUCUUUUUGUUAUAGACUUUGUGUGUAUGAGGAAAGAAAAAAGAAGGAAUCUAUUUUGUAAAUAAAAGACAUGGAUUGGUCU